UCCUCUCCACCUCCACCCUCUGUCAGCAACCUGCAGCCAUCUCCUCCAACUGCACAUUCUGUUGAAUAGCUGAUGGCUAAACCUCUAUCUACAGCCUCUAUAAGGAAACCUGCACAGAUGUUAUCCUACUGCCAUGUGGAGACCUGAGUGGAACAGCAAGGACCAGAGAAACACCAAAGAUAUAGUCCUUCAGUUAAUAUUCAAAAAUAUUUCUGUGUUAUUAAAGCUGGCUCUCUGUUUACAAUCUGUUCACUUGUUCUUCUUCUCACAGGUGUUUCCAUAUGUGGUGUGAAAGACUGAGCUCACACUCCUCAACAUGAACCUGACUGACUGUGAUGAUGCCUUCAUGAAACGAGAGAGCUCCUCUUCCUCCCAAGUUAUCUACCAGGAGCUGCUUCAGGGCCCUGAGGAAAACUCCUUCUACAACGGCUCUGUUCCAGAGAUGCUUCCUCCUCCUCCUCCUCCUCCUCCUCCUCCUCCUGCUCCUCCACAUCCUCCUCCACAUCCUCCUCCACCCCUCCUGCUCUCAUGCCUUCGUGAAACAGAAAGAGCUCCUCUUCCUCCCACUUGCUUUGUUGGACUUCCAGAUCCAGAGAUACUUCAUUCCUGUCCCUCCCCAUCUCUGCAACCACCAGCACUUUCUACGCAAGCCGAUUCAUUGAAGGCCAAAGAUUGCAGAGACGCUCCACCCGAGACUUCAGUGCCUUACUUUUCCAACAACGCCCCCUAAAACGACGUCUAAUGUGCUCUUUUACUGUGUACUUUAAGCCUCUGCACUGUUUUACAAUAAAGGAACUAUUGUCUGCAACCAUCUGAUCAGUAAUUUGAGACCAGAAUAAUUAGUAUAAAACAGAUC